CCUAUAUGCCUCAAAGUCUACUCCUUGGAGUGUCUGACAAUAUUACAAUCCUCGAUAAGAUGCUCCAAACCAGCAAACUCUGUUUAUAUAUACACAUAAAAACACAGCCCAACGGGACGGAACCCAACACUAACAACAAUUCUUCAUACGCAAAAAAACACACCUCAUUUUAUGCCUUAAUUUCUUCCCGCUUUCUUUUCCUUUCCGUUUCCCUUUCCUCUUCUUCUUCUUCUUCUUACAAUCAUGGGUUCUAAUGGGUCCGACCCGAAUUCAUCAACACCCAAUACCACUUUCGUUCAAGCUGACCCGUCUAACUUCCGGGCCGUUGUUCAAAGACUCACUGGCGCAACCCAAGAUUUUUCUUCUGUGAAGCUCCCUGUUACUGGGCCUGGUCCAGCUGGGCCACGUCGACCCGCUUACAAGCUACACGAGCGUAGGCAAAGUGCAAGAAAGCUCGAGAUCAUGCUUAACAAUGGUGGAAGUAGCUUUGGUGGGCCUGCUCUGGGCUUUGGUUGUGGCCCACAUUUGUCACCUUCUUCUCCUUCUUCAGCUAGGAAACGAAGCUUUUUGGCUUCGCCAAUUUCACCAUUGGAAAUGCUGACACGUGGAAGUCCGAGAUCACCUAUUAUGGAGGAAGAAGAAAGAGCUAUUGCUGAAAAAGGAUAUUAUUUGCAUCCAAGUCCAUUAAGCACUCCUAGAGGCUCUGAACCUCCUGAACUCUUGCCUUUGUUUCCACUUCAGUCCCCAACUGCAGCUAGAAAUGAUUCAUCAUCUAGUUAGUUUAAUUAAUUAAUUAGUGUUGUGUUGUUGCGUCAUUUAUAAAUAUAUUUAAUUAUAUGAAAGGAAUUGAUCAUGAAGAGGUGGUCUUGUUCUAAUGCUGGUCAUGUGAUUGUGGAAUGUGAAAUGAUCUUGGUACU